AUAAGAUUUCAUCAGCGCAUAAAUAGUGAACUCAUCUUAUUAAAGACCAAAUUCUGGGCCAGAUAGAGAGCUCAAGUUUGAAGCUGAGAUGGUCUCCUCAACAUGCAUGGUCUUUUUCUUGGUCCUCACCGUGAGUAAUGCACAAGACACAUGUCCAGGCGGCGGAGAGCACUUGACCAUACUUCGAGGAUGUCCUGGAGCCGCAGGUGCCCAAGGAGAUAAAGGAGAACGUGGAUCACCAGGAGAGAGAGGUCCUCCAGGAAGUCCAGGAAAGGCUGGGCCACCAGGGAUAAAGGGAGACCCAGGUGCUCUAGGGCUUCAGGGACCAAAAGGAGAUAAGGGAGAUCCAGGCUCUCCAGAAGCUUUAUAUACUGCACGGGACUGCAAAUCACUGCUGGAGAAAGGUUUGACCUUCAAUGACUGGUACAUCAUAUAUCCAGAUGGAAACCGACCGCUAAAAGUCCUAUGUGAUAUGCACACUGAUGGAGGCGGCUGGAUUAUUCUCCAGAGACGUUACGAUGGCUCAGUUGAGUUUCAACGUGAUUGGGCGUCUUUCAAGAUGGGAUUUGGCAGCCAUCUAUCUGAGUUCUGGCUGGGGAAUGAUAAUAUUUACAAGAUCACUUCAUCGGGUAAAUGGGAGCUGCGUAUUGAUCUGCAGGACUUUGAUAGUGUAAACUAUUUUGCUAAAUACAGCUCUUUUAAAAUCAUGGGAGAGACCGAGAAAUACAAGCUGGUACUUGGAGAUUUUACCAGUGGUAACGCAGGAGAUUCUCUGUCGUAUCAGAAUGGGAUGAAGUUCUCCACCGUGGACCAAGACAAUGACGCCGAUACUAGAAGUUGUGUGGAUUUGUACAAGGGAGCCUGGUGGCAUAAUCAGUGCCACCAAUCCAAUCUCAAUGGACUGUACCGACCUGGGAAACAUGAAACCUUUGCUGAUGGAAUUAAUUGGAAUUCAGGAAAGGGUUAUAAUUACUCCUACAAGAGAUCUGAGAUGAAAAUCAGAUCUGUGAAGUGAAAGAAAGUGCUCAGAACUUGAGUUGUCCUCUUUUCUGAACAUCUAAAAA